AUGAGGAAUUUAUUUUCGACCAAGAAAAUACAAACUGAGUCUGCUAACGCGGUGAGGCAUUUAUUGGACACCACGUCAACAUGUUUGAAGUCGUUGCAGAAUAUGGGCAUCACCACGAGUACUUGGGACGUAAUAAUAGUGUAUUUGGUGAUUACAAAAUUAGACGCUGAAUCUAUCAAACAAUGGGAACAGCAUUUGAAUAUGCUAGGCGAUGAUUUACCUACCUGGGAACAGUUACGUGAGUUUUUAGAGUACAGAUUCAGAUCAUUAGAGAUGAUUGACACCAACACGUCCCGCCCAGCACCACCAGCGAAGCCUGCAGCUAAAGUUAAAACAUUUCACACUGCCAUCGAGAACAAAGUCAAGACGAGUGACAUCGAGUGUGCUAUGUGCCAUGAGAUCCAUCACAUUUAUCAAUGCAAGCAGUUUGGUUCCAUGACACCCCAAGGACGUCAAGAUUUUGUGCAAAACAAUAAACUAUGUUUUAACUGCCUGAUGCCUACACAUUCUGUAUUGAAGUGUCGUCUGACGACGAGUUGCCGUAAAUGCGGAAGGAGACACCACACUCUUCUUCACUUCGACAGAGAUGACAACCAGGAGGCCAGAGUUACGAGCGAGGUUGCUGCGUCAUCUGCGUCACCGAGUGCACCAUUACCUGAGAAACUGAACAAACCACGAGCUACCAAGCUUAACGUGCAAAAAUGGAGCGAGAUUGAAGACUUACCUUUAGCAGAUCCUGAGUAUUCAACGCCAGGUAAGAUUGAUAUCCUUCUAGGUGCCGAGGUGUAUGCAGAAAUAAUACUGGCGGGGUUGUUCAAGAAGCGUGCAGAGGGACGCAAAGGAACCAUGAUAGCACAAAACACCAUGCUCGGCUGGAUCGUGUCUGGUCGAGCAGUAAGAGGAUCUGAGACUCAGGUGAGUACGAGACUGAUUAGUAUGCAUGUUCAUAUACAGGAAGAUGACUUAUUGAAAAAAUUUUGGGAGAUGGAGAACGAGCCUAACAGUAUUGAGAAAGAGAUGACGAAGAGUGAGCAACAAUGUGAGGAGUUUUUUAACUCAACGACUGUGAGAGAUGACGAUGGUAGACUUGUAGUGAGACUACCAUUUUCAACUGAGGACCCUAAGUGUCAAUACGGCAAUUCUAAGGAAAUUGCUAUCAAGAGAUUAGAGAUAUUAGAGAGAAAAUUACUGAGAGAACCUAAACUACGAGAAGAGUACAACAAGGUAAUGGAAGAGUACCUAAGUCUUAACCACAUGAGAGCAGUGAGUGAGAGAGAGCUAGAGAAUCAUAAGGCAGUGUAUCUUCCUUUCCACGCUGUGAUCAGGGAGGACAAGGAGACAACCAAAUUUAGAAUUGUUUUUAAUGCUUCUAGCAAAGGAGACAACAAUAUCUCCUUAAACGAUGAUCUCCUUGUCGGCCCUAAAUUGCAGCAAGACUUGAGACACAUUUUAAUGAGAGCUAGGAGUCACAAAAUCUGCCUUGUCGCAGAUAUCAUCAAAAUGUACAGAAUGAUUCGUGUAGCUGAGGAGGACACGGAUUUCCAGAGAAUCGUUUGGCGAUUUAAGUCAGACGGGUCAGAGCCAAUACAACACUACAAGCUAUUGAGAUUGACGUUCGGGACGGCUUGCGCACCUUAUUUGGCCGUUAAGUCAUUACAAAAACUCGCUGAGUUAGAGGAGAGUAAGUACCCAUUAGCUGCGAGAAUAACCAAACGAGACUUUUACAUGGACGACUUAAUCACUGGAGCUGAGACUGAGGCUGAGGCACUACGAAUAUUUAACGAGAUGAAUGAGUUGAUGAGAUCUGGUGGUUUUGAGCUUCAAAAAUGGAACACUAACUCGAAAACCUUACUUGACAAGAUUGUAGGGAAUAAAGAGUCAUCUGAUCAGACAGUGCACCUGAAACUGAAUCAUACGAUGAAGGUUCUUGGUGUGAGUUGGAACAGAGAUACUGAUAACUUUGAGUAUACACUCAAUUUAUCAGAAGUUCAAGGACCCAUAACUAAGAGAAAAGUACUGUCCGACGUAGCGAGGCUGUACGAUCCCCUGGGGUGGAUUGCACCAGUCGUGGUUAUCGCAAAAAUCUUCAUUCAGAAGUUGUGGAAGUCGGGGCUUGAGUGGGAUUCUCCAUUAACAGAAGAGUUGGUAAGUGAGUGGCUGUCGUUCAGAGAGGCAUUAGCAGACCUUAAGCAGCUGGCGAUACCAAGAUGGCUGAAUGCUACACCGAGAUCAGAGAUCGAGCUACAUGUCUUUGCAGACGCUUCAAAGUCAGCGUUUGCAGCAGCGGUCUACGUGAGAGUGGUGGAGCACAACGGUGUACACGUGCACCUGGUAACAGGUAAGACAAAGGUAGCCCCAACAGAGAGAGAAAUUUCCAUUCCGAGAUUAGAGCUGUGUGCUGCGGCUCUAGCAGCGAAACUUAUAUUUGAAGUUGCACAGAGAGAUGAGAGACAUGUUCAACACUGCUAA